AUGGCGGUCGGUUUAAUUAAUAGGCUCUUGUGCCUUUUCCUAAUUGCUGCUAUUUUAAACAAUAUUUUAUUUGACAAAACAGCUUUACAUGGAUGUAAAGCAUUCUUCUCUACGAUUGUUCAUAGAUUGCAAGCGGAUGGUUUGAUUUCAGCAAAUUCUUGCAAUAUAUGUUAUCUGCCUGGGAAUCGAGUCGUCAUGCGAAAGCACGGUAUUGAGACAGAUAAUGAUGCAGGACUAUUUGCGAUGGCUAACUUAACAACGUUACGAUUUACUAACGGGACCGGAAAGCAUAUAUUGUGUGAAGAAACGUUAGAGUUCCUGCAUUCACUGGGCAAAACUCAGAAUAUCCAUGGCCAAGAAUUUGACAACGAUUUGAGCAAGAAUGAAAUUCAUAUUUGCAUAAUAUUUAACACGGUUGGACGCACACAGAAACAAACAUGUUGCUUCUUUCAUAUUACGUGGAAGCUAAAAACUACCGUGUCUCUGCUAUUAAAACUCAAGCGACAGAAGAAGCCUGUCGCCUAUUACAGCAACUCGUCAGCGACGCGAAGGCUUGUACUGAGUGGAGAUAUCGAGGAAAACCCGGGCCCAAUUCAAGAAAGGAAAACCGUUGAAACACCAGCCGUACAAAGAACUAAAAUAAACGCCAAAUGUCCAAAUUGCACUAAGACCAUUCAGUCAAAUCACAAGAGAUCCCUGUGUACCGUUUGCUUUGAUUUGUACCACGCAAAAUGCACUAAUCUUAAGGGUAAAGAAUUGAGAAACACUCUUAUGUCCUAA